CCCUGAAAACACCCCAAUAUUAUAGUUUGCAUUAUUUGGAUUAAAAUCCUUUACAAUCGUCGCUUAUUCAGUGGUAAACGGUCUAAACUUUGCAAUUUCAGUCUACACGUGAUGUUAUGGAUUGUUCUGCCUUUGUAGCGUGAAAGAUGGCCGACAAUAAUCGCAUGGAGAAAGUUGACAUGACGAAAGAAUUCCAGAAUCUGAGUCCCUCAGAUAAACACUACUUGCGAAAAUUAGAACGUGUCAACAAGGGAAGAGCGGUUAAAUUAAUGACAAUGAGGAAGAGAAAUGCAUUUACAGGAAUCUUGCUUGGAGUUGGCGUUCUGUCAAUUUAUGGUUACACCAUGUAUGCUGUGAGACAAGAGAAGUUCCUGGAAGGCUUUGACACUGUUCCUGAGGAUGCAAAGAAGAAUUCUUCAUAAGAGGAAUGGUGCUGUUGUUUUGUUAUGUGGCUGACUGGCUGUCAGUGAAAGACAUAAUUUUUAGGAUAAACUGAUGGCAGAAUCUACCCCAAUAUGAAAUACAGAUGAAACAUCCCGCCACAGUUUGAUGGACAUGCCGUACCAAUAAGAAGUCGACAGCCAUUUGCUAGAUGUAGUAGUGUAUGUAUGUGUGUGUGUGAGCUUGACCAGCACUGCUGUUGGUUGAGGCAGAGUCAAACAUUCAGAUAAUGUACAUAAACAGAUUAAAAUAAGAAAUUAUAAA